UUGUCUACUCUGCCAGACCCCAGUCUCUAGCACUGGCUCCCCCGAUGGCAGUUGGCACCUCCCUGUGAAACCUGCCAAGCUGGACUCCACAGCUUUAAACGACUCCACUUCAGCUGCCACUGUGUCCUCUCCUGUGACAACCAACCAUGCAGUCCUAGCCUGUAAUGCAGGCUUUCAUGAAGAGCACUAUGUAAGUGAAGCUGUGGACAAUGAAGUGUCAGACUACAGGGAGUACAGAGAUGCCGGCACCAUUACUGAUGUGUGCAAUAGUACUGAUCUUCCUGAAGUUGAAAUCAUCAGUUUGCUGGAAGAGCAGCUGCCCCACUACAAGCUAAGAGCAGAUACAAUCUAUGGUUAUGAUCACGACGACUGGCUUCACACUCCUCUCAUUUCUCCUGAUGCUAAUAUUGACUUAACAACUGAGCAAAUAGAAGAGACACUGAAAUACUUCCUUUUAUGUGCUGAAAGAGUGGGCCAGAUGACUAAAACAUACAAUGACAUUGAUGCUGUUACACGUCUUCUAGAAGAGAAAGAGCGGGAUUUGGAAUUAGCUGCUCGGAUCGGCCAGUCAUUAUUAAAGAAGAAUAAAACUCUAACUGAGAGGAAUGAACUGCUGGAAGAACAAGUGGAACAUAUCAGGGAAGAGGUUUCUCAGUUGCGUCAUGAGCUGUCCAUGAAAGAUGAACUGCUUCAGUUUUACACUAGUGCUGCUGAAGAGAGUGAACCAGAAUCCAUCUGUUCAACUCCGAUGAAGAGAAAUGAGUCAUCUUCAUCUGUCCAGAACUAUUUUCAUUUGGAUACUCUUCAAAAGAAACUUAAGGAUCUUGAAGAGGAGAAUGUUGUGCUUAGAUCAGAGGCCUGCCAGCUGAAGACUGAAACCAUUACUUAUGAAGAGAAGGAGCAACAACUUGUUAAUGAUUGUGUGAAGGAGCUCAGAGAUGCAAAUGUCCAGAUUGCCAGUCUCUCUGAAGAGUUAGCUAAGAAAACUGAAGAUGCAGCCCGACAACAGGAAGAAAUCACCCAUCUCCUCUCUCAGAUAGUGGAUUUGCAGAAAAAGGCAAAAGCUUGUACAGUGGAAAAUGAAGAACUUGUCCAACAUCUGGGAGCAGCUAAAGAUGCCCAAAGACAGCUCACAGCAGAAUUACGAGAGCUGGAAGACAAAUAUGCAGAGUGUAUGGAAAUGCUACAUGAGGCACAAGAAGAAUUGAAGAACCUUAGAAACAAGACAAUGCCAAAUGCCACAUCACGCCGUUACCACUCAUUAGGCCUUUUCCCCAUGGAUUCCUUGGCAGCAGAAAUUGAAGGGUCAAUGCGAAAAGAACUCCAUCUAGAUGAUCCCGACUACUCCGAUCUAACCCAUCACAAGAGAGUUUUUGAUACAGUACGAAACAUCAACCAGGUGGUAAAGCAGAGAUCCCUAACUCCAUCUCCAAUGAACAUCCCUGGCUCUAACCAGUCUUCCGCAAUGAAUUCAGUCAUUUCUAGCUGCAUCAGUACACCACGGUCGAGCUUCUAUGGAGGAGAUGUCUCCAACAUAGUGAUAGACAACAAGACGAAUAGCAUCAUCCUAGAAACUGAAUCAACUGACUCUGGAAACGAUGAAAAGAAUAAAAAACCUGGAACCCCAGGAACACCGGGCUCCAGUGACCUGGAAACAGCUCUUCGAAGGCUAUCCCUUCGGAGGGAAAACUACCUGUCAGAGCGGAGAUUCUUUGAAGAAGAGCAGGAAAGAAAGCUGAGGGAACUGGCUGAGAAGGGUGAACUCCAUAGUGGCUCCAUUACUCCGACAGAAAGUAUCAUGUCAUUGGGAACUCACUCCAGGUUUUCUGAAUUUACUGGCUAUUCAGGAAUGUCCAUCUGCAGUCGCUCAUACCUCCCAGAGAAGCUUCAGAUUGUGAAGCCCUUAGAAGGUUCUGCAACUUUGCACCAUUGGCAGCAGCUUGCUCAGCCUCAUCUAGGUGGCAUCCUAGACCCACGGCCUGGUGUUGUCACUAAGGGCUUCCGGACUCUUGACCUCGAUCUGGAUGAAGUAUACUGCCUUAAUGAUUUUGAAGAAGAUGAGUCAGGUGACAUUAAAUUCAAGGGUUUAACUACCUCGACGCCGAUUCAGCACACUGAGACCUCAGGUGAGAGGUCCCAAGCACAAGUGACUGUUUCAGACAGCGAGAAUUGCCCAGGUCGCUCUCAGGCUUUCCCAGAGGAGAUGCAGGAACCCACGACUGACGAUGAUGAGGGGUCUGUACAUCAUCCUGGGAAGUGCAUGUCACAAACCAACUCUACCUUCACCUUCACCACCUGCCGCAUUCUGCACCCUUCUGACGAGCUCACACGGGUCACUCCAAGCCUUAACGCAGCACCUACUCCAGCUUGUAGCAGCGUUGGCAAUUUGAAAGGUACCCCAGUGGCUACGCCUUGCACUCCUCGGCGUCUGAGUUUGGUAGAAUCCUUCACUAAUCUUCGGGAGUCCACAACUACUAUGAGCACAUCCUUAGGUCUUGUGUGGCUGCUUAAGGAACGUGGGAUAUCAGCAGCAGUAUACAACCCACAAAGCUGGGACAGAGCAAGCAAAAGCACCCUCUUGAGCACAUACUCUCCCAAAAUGGCUGCCAUUCCUUCCACUCCUCCAAACUCACCUAUGCAGUCACCCUCUUCAUCCCCCCCAUCUUUUGAAUUCAAAUGCAUGAGUCCUCCAUAUGACAACUUCCUUGCUUCUAAACCAGCCAGUUCCAUUCUGAAGGAGGUGAGGGACAAAAAGAACAUCAGGAACAGUGAAAGCCAAACUGACGUGUCCGUCUCCAACCUUAACCUAGUGGACAAAGUGAAAAGGUUUGGAAUUGCCAAAGUAGUUAGCUCAGGGCAACCACAAGUUCCUGUGUUAAUGGAUGAACAAGGACCUCUGCUUUGUGGGGCACAAAGACCAAUGAAAGCCUUUGUUCCUGGAGGCCUGGUCCCAGAAGGCCUGCCCCUGGGUGGUCCUGCUGUAACAAGUGCUAUUGGGGGCAUUCAGUUGAACAGUGGCAUUAGAAGGAAUCGAAGCUUCCCGACCAUGGUGGGUUCCAGCAUGCAAAUGAAAGGGCCAUCAACUUUAACACCUGGCAUCCUAAUGGGAGCUAAGCUUCCCAAGCAAACUAGCUUACGAUAAGUGACAAGACAUGGCUGGUCUAAGAGAACCCUCCUUCAGACUUUUUUUAAAAAAAAAAAACAAGACAUUUCUUCCAUUUGCUGUUGAGUUUGACAAAUCAGCUUUGUGCCUAAUGGAGAAAAAUAGAGUGUAAACUUUGUAUAUGAUGUAAAUAUGUACCAGAUGUAUUAUAAGUUAAUCAUGACACUGUUUUGACAAUUUAACAUGUUAACCUUUUGAAAACAUGUUUUGUUUUUCUUUGCACUGAAAAAAGAAGGCAAUCCUUGGUUCAGGGGGGAAAAUGAAUUCUUUAGUUAGUCUAGCUUGACAUUGAAAGUAGCCUCAUUUGGCAAAAUUUAUUUAUCACACUAUUGGAAUCAUGGAAUGUCAGCACACACAGUAACUCCUAUGGAUACAAGGAGUCUUUGUUGUGCAUGAAGUGCAGGUCAGAGCAAUAGCUUAGCAUUUGACUUUUAUUUUGCCUUUGUGCAGGAGAAAGAAUAUCCUAGCUCAAGGCUCAUAUGCCUUAUUGAUUCAAAGGGUUUGUGUUUUUUCUUUUUCUUCUUUACACAAUAAAUUUGAAAUGUGCUGAGAAUAACUGCUAAGCCUGCUAGGUACCUGGAAAGAAAAUCCAACUCUGUUGUUAUUUGUAGCAAGUUCAUGUUUUGUGU